AUGAAGUUCGCAAAGGAACUGGAGGACGAAGCCGUCCCGGAAUGGAGACAAGGGAAAAAGAAGAUCAAGGCCAUCUCCAAGGCUCUUCGAAACAUCAAUCGGACUCCGGCCGAACCUGCCCGCCCUGCACUCGUACCUGAAGAUUCGUCGGAUAGGAUACCCUUCACGCAUUAUGAUUUCACUCGGCCGCGGCCCAGAACGUCUAAUACAGCACGGUCGCUUCCCGAAAUCGAAGAGGUGGCCCCGGAAGAAGAAAGAGCCGGUGCUCAACGGCCGCCGUUGGAACAAGCCGAAAGCAGGACUUGGUUUGCCCAGUCACCGCCGAUUCUGAUUCCGAAUGGCCCUGGUCAGGAUACAAGUAGAUUUUCUACGCCGGAACGAACGCCGCUUGCCAAAGGCCAGAAUGACCAAAGCAAAUGGCAAACGAGAUAUGGAAGUAUCAUCGGGACACCACCAGACGACGGAGAAACCCCCGGGCAUUUCGCAGCGCUGGAGUUGCCCGAUCCUGCCAUAAGCCCAGUCAUUCAUAAACCGAAUCAAACGGCGCCAGGAGAAUCAUCAGGUCAGCAGCAGCUCGUGAGAUUACCAGAGGCUGCUCAGGUACCCCAGGGUCCAGAUGCGUACCAUGUCGGUGAGACGUCUUCACAGCCCAACCGAGGGCUCAGAGGCAGUAUUGCCCGGAGGUUAUUUAGGGCUCGCGACGUGGACAAGGACACCAAAGGUCGAUCUUCCUCCCAACCGUUGGUCCACACUUUCCCUCGUUCACGAUUACGGAGGCUGUUUUCGGCACAAGCUCUCGACCAGCCCGCCGUGAAUGACGUGCAGUUGGAAGCAUACAAGGAGCUUGAUGCCAAGCAGGCGGAGUUCUUCCUCUUCCUGGACAAAGAAUUGGACAAGAUCGAAAGCUUCUACAAGAUGAAAGAAGAGGAGGCUUCUGCUCGACUUCAAGUGCUACGAAUGCAACUACACGAAAUGCGUGACCGCCGAUUGGCGGAAAUCCUAAAGGACAAAAAAAUCGAGUCUGGCACAUAUCAGGACCUAAACGACAACACCUAUUCAAAUGGCACAAAUGGAAAAGAGAACGGCCAAGCCAAUGGUUCCGGACCCAACUUCCUUAAGAAACCAAUUGAAGAUGCUUUGGGACGCCGUACCACCAUUGGCAAGACCAGCAAAGCCAUGCAGAAGUUGUGUUCUCCGCCGGGCCCGGGAGCCCAACAGCGAAUAGAGGAUGAUGCCAAACGAGACUAUGUGAGAAGAAGAGUCCAGAACGACGUACCGUACAGAUUUGCAAAGAGACGACUCAAACUUGCUUUGCAAGAAUUCUACCGCGGCCUCGAGUUGCUCAAAUCCUAUGCCAUCCUGAACAGAACUGGCUUCCGAAAAAUUAACAAGAAGUAUGACAAGGCUGUUCAAGCUCGGCCACCGCUGCGGUAUAUGGCGGAGAAGGUUAACAACGCUUACUUUGUUCAAAGUGAUGUUGUCGACAAUCAUCUUAUGGCCGUCGAGGAUUUGUAUUCUCGAUACUUUGAGAGAGGCAAUCACAAGAUUGCUGUUCGAAAGUUACGCUCAAAGCUCGGCGCGGGUGAUCAGUCUGGUACUACCUUCCGCAACGGCCUGUACGUUGCCGCGGGUACUUGUUUCAGCAUUUCCGGACUGAUUAAUGCGUCUGAUCGCCUGUUUGGCCCAGAUCCCGUGGUCCGAGUGCACACUGCGUACUUGCUGCAAAUUUAUGCAGGAUACUUCCUUGCGCUUCUCCUGUUCCUGUUGUUCUGUUUAGACUGCCGGAUAUGGACACGGUAUCACAUCAAUUAUGUCUUUGUUUUUGAGUAUGACACGCGACACGUUCUUGACUGGCGACAAUUGUCGGAACUACCCUGCUUCUUUCUCCUGCUGAACGGGUUGUUCCUUUACAUCAACUUUCAGAUUGAUGCGAGCGGGACUUUUUACGUCUAUUUGCCGAUUAUCCUAAUCUUCACGUCUCUCGUAAUUAUGGCUCUCCCGUUCAGGGUAUUGUACCACCACUCGCGACGCUGGUGGGCUUAUUCAAACCUCCGACUGCUCUUAGCAGGCUUAUAUCCUGUCGAAUUCCGCGACUUCUUCCUCGGAGACAUGUACUGCUCUGAGACCUACGCCAUGGGCCAGAUCGAAGCGUUUUUCUGUCUGUAUGCCAACGGUUGGAACAACCCUGCACAAUGCAACUCAAAUCAUUCUCGCCUCCUCGGUUUCUUUACUACCUUGCCCGCUAUUUGGCGCGCCUUGCAAUGUCUGCGGCGAUACUACGACUCGCGGAACUGGUUUCCUCACCUUGCCAACCUUGCGAAAUACUGCUGCAACAUCACAUAUUAUAUGACCUUGUCGAUGUUCCGGAUUGAGCAGAGUAGCCGCAUGCGCGCCAUCUUCAUCACCUUCGCUGCCAUCAAUGGAAUCUACUCUGCGUUCUGGGACGUGUACCUGGAUUGGAGUCUCGGCAACUUCUGGUCGAAGAACUUCUUUCUCCGGGAUCAGCUCGCCUACAAAAAGGCUUGGGUCUACUAUGUUGCAAUCAUCGCAGAUGUGUUACUCAGACAACAAUGGAUAUUCUAUGCGAUCUUUGUGUCAGAUCUUCAACAUUCGGCCUUGAUGUCAUUUUUCGUAAGUCUAGCCGAGGUUUUGCGGAGAGGAAUGUGGAGUUUGUUUCGUGUCGAGAACGAGCACUGUAACAAUGUUGGCAAAUUCCGUGCGUCGAGGGAUAUCCCGCUUCCAUACAAGAUUGCAGAAGCGCCUGAAGGCAUUGGCAGGUUGACUGCACCAGAAGAUGCGAGGAGCACCUCUGGCAUCCCAGAAACGAUCGGACCGGUCGAUGGUCGCUUUGCUACGGGCGCAGACCUGGAGGAGCAAGCCAGCCGCGACUCAUCAUUACGACUGCGCAAGUCGAAAACACCCACGGGAGGCGCGCCACUUACACCUGGCAUGCAGGCUCUGCGGCGAGUUGGAACCGUCAUUGCAUCAGCGCAUGCACAAGACUUCCAGAAACGGCGUAGACCAGAAAGCGAAGGACAAGGUCUCGUUGAUGAUGAUGCCUCUUAUGCAGAGGCCGAUGCUGAUUCGGAUGAGGAGGAUGACGACGAUGAAGAUGAUGGAGGCGAUGAAGAGGUUGCUGAGCUUCGUAGGCAACAGGCUGAGGAAUCUGAAAACAAUCCUUCCGUUCGAGGAGGGCGGGCUGGCUAG